CAUGAUUUGUUGACAAACAACACAGCUGCGCCCUCGAAGAAAAAUCGAAACCAGCAGCACACGAUCGAAAAUGAAUCGUGGAAAAAUUACAUUCGGCAAAAUAAAUCUCAAAUCGUCUGCGCCAACAUCGAGCACAAAUGAUAGCGCGGAAAUUCCCUCAACAUCUACAGAAGCGACCGUGUCUGGGUUUGGUUCGUUCGGGCACAAGGACAACGCCCAAGAUGAAGCCGUGGAGCGCAUCUCGGCCGAGCUGGACAACAGCAAACUGCAGGAAGUGAUGGGCAUAUCCGGCUUCGGUCGCAAGCAGGCCAAACAGUUCGACAUCAACGAAAUGAUACAGAAAGCGAAACAGAACGCACCGAAAGCGGCAGUAGAUGAAAAAGCCAUCAUAGAUCCGGAUGAUGAAAGGAAAGGCAAGGACGAUGACGAUGACGAUGAUGAUGAGGAGGAGGACGAAAUGAUUGGUCCAGUACCAACAGCUGCCGGUAGAGGAGCUACCGACAGUCGACGUAAAAAUGCCGAUAAAGAGGAAGACGAUUCCGACGAUGAUGAUGAUGAUGAGGAGGAAGACGAUGAGUUUGAUGAGGACGCACCGAUAAACAAGCUGCCCCACUCGCACGAGGUAGAGAUGCGGCACGGCAGCAAGGCGGUCAUCGCCCUUGCCAGCGACCCAUCCGGCGUCCGUCUGGCUUCCGGUUCGAUGGACUACAAUCUCAACUUUUGGGACUUUUCCGGCAUGGAUAAGUCGAUGAAAAGCUUCCGUUCGCUGCAGCCGUGCGAGAACCACCCGAUCCGCAACCUGUCCUACUCCUUCUCGGGCGAUAUGAUGCUGGUCGUGUCGGGCAGCUCGCAAGCGAAGGUGCUCGACCGGGACGGGUUCGAGAAGAUGGAGUGCGUUAAGGGCGACCAGUACAUUGCGGACAUGUCGAAGACGAAGGGUCACAUUGCCGGGCUGACCAGUGGCUGCUGGAGUCCGGUGCGGCGGGAGGAGUUCCUCACGAGCGGCAUGGACUCGACGCUCCGCACGUGGGUGUUUGCCAAGACGAAGGAGCAGCGUGCGGUCAUUAAAACGCGUGCCCAGGGCGGGCUGAAAACGAUCCCCACCAGCUGUGCGUACAAUCGCGAUGGCACACUGAUCGCGGCCGGGUGUAGCGACGGUUCGCUGCAAACCUGGGACACGCGCAAAAUGUUCGUGCACACGACGCACUGCAUCCGGGACGCGCACGCCAAGGGAGCGGACAUCUCGUCCGUACUGUUUUCCUACUCCGGCUUCCAGCUCGCUUCCCGCUCGAUGGACGAAACGCUGAAGCUGUGGGAUAUGCGUGCGUUCAAGAAACCGCUGCACGUGUUCGGCGGGUUGUUCAGCCGGUACGAUACGACCGACUGCUGCUACAGCCCGGACGAUACGAUGAUCCUGACCGGGGAGUCGCUGCCGAAGGGUACGCAGCAGGCCAACCUGUACGUGUACGAUACGAAAACGUUCGGGCUGGUGACGAAGCUGCCGAUUACCGAUUCGCACGUGAUCCGCACGCUGUGGCAUCCGAAGCUGAACCAGAUCUUUGUCGGCUGUGGCAAUGGCAUCAUACGGGGGCUGUACGACGAGAAGCGCAGCAUGCGCGGUGCCAAGCUGUGCGUGGUGCGCACGCACCGCAGGAAGAAGGAGUCGGAAAUUCAGGGCACGACGCAGAUCAUUACCCCGCACGCGCUGCCCAUGUUCCGGCAGGAGAAGACGCGCUCGGUGCGCAAGAAGCUGGAGAAGGAUCGGCUCGAUCCGGUCAAGUCGAAGCGGCCCGAUCUGCCCAUCACCAGCGGGCAGGGUGGGCGUGUGGCCAGCUCCGGCGGUACGCUGUCGUCGUACGUUAUCCGCAACCUGGGGCUGAGCAAGCGGGUGGAGGAUGAUCAGGAUCCGCGCGAAGCGAUCCUGAAGUACGCGAAGGAGGCGGCCGAAAACCCGUACUGGAUUGCGCCCGCGUACGCCAAAACGCAACCGAAACCGAUCUUCAACAGCGAAGAUGAACCCGACGCGAAAAAGACGAAAACGGAGUAGAGAUUUACCGCUUAAUACAUACAUUCUGACAUACAUUAAUCCUAUAUUUGAACAAGCAG